CUCAAGACCAUGUAGAGCAGGGUCGCAUACUUGGCAUGGCACACCGCAGAUGCGUAUUCUUGAGUCUUGUGCUGGCUGUGAUUGGCGGAGGUUGGGCAACAUCGUCGUACUGCACAUUUGAACUGAUCGGGCUUUUCGUAGGGAUCACCCUGCUGUUGCUGGCAUGGUGCUUUUUGAAAGCGCCGCUUCUGCAAAUGUCCAUGGUAUAUUUUGUUUGUUGUACAAUCCUAUUGGUGCGCGAGACGGUGCUGACGCUUUCGGGGCGCGUGCCCUGUGGGUUAGUGACCUUUGGAGACCAGUGUGCUGAAACGGUUUGCAUCGAGAAGCACCACAUCCUGUUCUUUGAGUCGGGGUGUGCCACCUAUAGCUGCGCUCGCACGGAGCGCCAAGAGAUGCAGUCGGUCUUUGCCAUCCCCUCCGAGAACCUGCACACCGUUUGGCUGAUUUCGGGUUUGGCUUGCUCCUGGGGGGCUAUGCUCCUGUCCGGGCGGUGCCUUUUGAGCUGGAUGAAAGUAGGUCCUUCUGAUAAACUCCGGCACAAAAUCUCUCAGUAUACAUCAGUUGUACUCCUGGUGCCUCCCACGUACAGUGUUUGUGCAAUAUCAGCUCUCCGGGUCAUCACCACAAACCGGGAAGACAAAUGGACAGCAGAGUCCAUGAUGGAUGUUGCAGAGCUCUUUUCAGCGGUGGCUCUGUAUUCUUUCCAGCGGCUGCUGGUGGUGUACGUGGACCACCUGACCCCAAAGGACAAGGUGGGCCUGUGCGAAAGUGCGGAGAAUGAGCACCGGCUCCAGAAGAGCUUCCAGUCCGUGAUGUCGGUGGGCAUCAGGCAAUAUGUGAUUCUGGCCUUUGGGUGCAAUCUGAUGCUGGUGGCGGUGAAGGGUUGGGACUGGCUACACCCAUCCUCCUGCGAGGUGGCCUUGGCGGUUCUGGCGCACGCCUGGUUCCCCCGGCACAACAUCUCUCUGGCAGUCAGCCAGCAGGAGCUGAGCCAGAACUUGCACACCAAGGCCAGCUCUUUGGCAUGCGAGGACGUGUGGAACUCGGCGUCCAUGCUGAUGGUGGCGGCAGACUUCUUUACCUGCUCCAUCGCCCUCUUUGCGAUCCUGCAGUACGAGCACGCGUUCAACCAGGUGCUACAGGCCGUGAGGCCGUUUUGGAAGUUCUGGGGGGUGAAGGGCCUGCUAUCGGUGAACUUCCUCCAGAGCUCCGUGCUAGCGCUGGUGGGCCUCGCCACAGCUGGCGAUACGUGGGACACCCCGAGAUACGUGGGGACCUUCUUGAACUACUACCUGAUCUCGGCUGAGGCCUUUCUGCUUGCGAUCCUGAAUCAAUGGGCCUACGCACCACUCGGCGAAGCCAGGGACUUGGAGGACAAGACUCCAGAUCUUGAGGAGGAGGCCGCACAGUCCGACGAAGCGCAGGUUGUGGGCAAGAGGCACCUAGAGGCCGACUGAGAGGUGUACCCGACUGGGAGGUUGAGAGCACGCUCCGGAAGUAGACUCGAAAUGGACUCGGCGGAUUCCUUUCAGCGAAGCAGAGCUGCCGCAUUGACACAUGAGGCGUCAGAGUGCAGUCGACGAUGCCAGAGUUCCCUUGGCCGAAGCCAAUCCUCAAGUGCAGCUGGAUUUGGUCUCACUGGUGGCGCUUGCUUCGCGGUCAUGUCACCAGAUUGCAGCGAGUGAUGGCCACGCCCAAUAUGGUAGCCGCGUACAGAGC